UCCUCUCCUCUCUUCCCAUCUGUCUCUCCCUCCCUCUGUCUGUCUCCCUCGCUUGUUGUUCGUCGCCGUUGCUGAUCCAGUUUGUCCAUCCUCCGCGAUUCGAUUGGUAUUAGCGUUCAUCUAAAUGGUUGGUGGAGGAAUUAUUCAGCGGCUUCUAAGGAGAAAACUCCAUUCCCCUUCAGUUGUGGCACCGACCCUGUCAUGGUUUUCCUCGAAGAAAGCUCACGAGGAUGCCGGCUCUGCUGGUGUUAGAGCUCUGGCACUGGUGGGUGCUGGUGUGACGGGAUUAUUGAGUUUUUCAUCAGUAGCAUCCGCUGAUGAGGCUGAACAUGGGUUGGAAUGUGCAAACUACCCUUGGCCCCAUGAUGGCAUCCUAAGUUCAUAUGAUCAUGCUUCGAUCCGACGUGGCCAUCAGGUUUACCAGCAAGUCUGUGCAUCUUGUCACUCAAUGUCUCUAGUCUCUUACCGAGAUUUGGUGGGUGUUGCCUACACAGAGGAAGAAACAAAAGCAAUGGCAGCUGAAAUCGAGGUCGAAGAUGGACCUAACGAUGAGGGUGAGAUGUUCACCCGUCCCGGUAAGCUCAGUGACCGCUUUCCUCAGCCAUACUCAAACGAGUCAGCUGCAAGGUUUGCCAAUGGAGGCGCAUACCCUCCAGAUCUUAGUCUCAUAACCAAGGCACGCCACAAUGGCCAGAAUUAUGUAUUUGCUCUUCUGACUGGUUACCGUGAUCCUCCUGCCGGUGUUUCGAUAAGAGAUGGUUUGCACUACAAUCCUUAUUUCCCUGGGGGAGCAAUCGCCAUGCCCAAAAUGCUAAACGAUGGAGCUGUGGAGUAUGAGGAUGGUACCCCUGCCACAGAAGCUCAGAUGGGUAAAGAUGUCGUGUCCUUCUUAGCCUGGGCAGCUGAACCCGAAAUGGAAGAGAGGAAAUUGAUGGGUUUCAAAUGGAUAUUCCUACUAUCGCUGGCACUGCUCCAAGCGGCGUACUACAGGCGACUGAAGUGGUCGGUUCUCAAGUCUCGGAAGCUGGUUCUCGACGUAGUGAACUAAGCUACAGAGCGUUCCAUGUCCCUGUCCUCAUUCGCGUCGAUAUGUCAUGCCAGAAGAUAGGAGCCUAUUUUCCUCUGGUAAUAACAUCUCGAAACGAGGUAACCGCAUUUCCCUUGUCAAAUUUGAUGGAAGUUGCAAAAGAGAGCUGUUUUUUUUUUUUCCAGUUUAGACGGCACAUGAGGGGGAAAAAGAUUUUGAUUCCAAUAGAUUUUGAUUUCAUCUUUGUUGUCAUAUUUCAUUUGUGUUAUUGAUAGAGAUACGUGUCCCUUUUCACUUUCCUUCAGCUUUGUCUCACUAAUAAUAAAAGAUGCGUGCCCCUUUCUGGUGCGCUAUUUCACACC